CCUCUGCAACUCUCUCCCUCCCUCCUCGCUUCCUUCCCAUGGAAGCUUCGAGGCUUGAAGAAGAGACCCUUCUCUCUCUCUCUCUCUCUCUCUGUGUGGCAAAAUCGGAACUUGAAGGAGGGGGAAGAUGCCGGUGGAGAUGCCGAGGGGCCUGCCGUUCUCGGUGGACACGUGGACUCCUCCGUCGCCGUCCCGGCGGAAGCGCCACCGCUUCCUCACCCACGCCCACCGAGACCACUCGGCCGGGAUCGCGGCAGCCGCCGCCCGCUCCUCCCGCCCCAUCUACUCCACCCGCCUCACCAAGGCCCUCGUCCUCCACCACUUCCCUCAGCUUGACGGUUCGUUGUUCGUCGAGAUUGAGGCGGGGCAAUCCCUGGUGGUCGACGAUCCGGAUGGGCCUUUCGCCGUCACUGCUUUCGAUGCCAAUCACUGCCCCGGAGCUGUGAUGUUCUUGUUUGAGGGCGCCUUUGGUAACAUUUUGCACACGGGAGAUUGCAGAUUGACCCCUGAAUGCAUGCUGAACUUACCGAACAAAUACAUUGGGGGAAAAGGCAAAGAACCAAAGUGUCCACUGGAUUUGGUUUACUUGGAUUGCAUUGGAAAGUACCGCCAAAGCAUGCCAAGCAAGCAUUCAGCAAUACGACAGGUGAUCAAUUGUAUAUGGAAGCACCCUGACGCUCCAGUUGUCUACCUGACCUGUGAUUUACUUGGCCAGGAAGAGAUACUGGCUGAGGUGUCACGGACCUUUGGGUCCAAGAUCUAUGUUGAUAAAGCUGCCCAUCCAGAGAGUUUACGUUCUCUGGCACUCACAUUCCCGGAGAUCCUCUCGGAAGAUCCAUCUUCUCGUUUCCAUUUGUUUGAUGCCUUCCCUAGAUUGUUCGAAAGGGCUAAAGCAAAACUUGAGGAGGCUCGAAUUAGUUUGCAGCCCGAACCCCUAAUAAUUCGGCCUUCAUCACAAUGGUAUGCAUGUGAGGAGGAGUAUUCCCUGGCAGAAAUUAAACUAAGACAAAGAUUCAAUGAAGCAGUUAGGGAUGAGUUUGGUGUUUGGCAUGUCUGUUACUCUAUGCAUUCAUCAAGGGAUGAAUUAGAGUGGGCCUUGCAGACUCUUGCCCCUAAGAGGGUGGUGUCAACAACACCGAACUGUUGGGCUAUGGAACUGGAUUAUGUCAAGAGAAACUGUUUUGGAACUAAAGUAGCCUCAGAGGACCCUAUCUGGAAUCUUCUAGGCAUCAAUGCCAAAAUUCCCAUCAACAUUGACGUCCCUUCUGAGUGCAUGAAGUUUCCACCUUCAUUAUCUGAGCAAGCUCAUAGUUUUGUGGACUGCGAAGGAAAAUCAGCAAAACCAUCCACCGGUGGGAGUGAAGUUUUAGAUUUAUCUCCUCCGAGUAAACGGCCCUCACUGACACUAUUUGGUAGGGCCAGAAUUGGUUUUGAAGGCUCAAUUCAUCUGCAGGAAGAGAAGAAAAUUGCUUCCAGAAAUGAUGAGCCAUCACAUAUUAUUUCCACCACUAUUCAUCAUACUCAAUCUGAACUGUCAUGCCGAGAAGAUAGAUAUACUUCGGAGCAUUGUGAGGAAUUAAAUGAAGAAAAAGUUGAGGAAGAUAUUGCUGAAGUAGUACAGACUAAGAGUCCAGAGGCAAAAGAGCCAGACAAUUGCAAGUUCGAUUCUUUUUCAUCGCUUGGGUCAUCGAACAAUUUCAAUCAGUGUUUGAGAAAGUUGUACAGAUCAAAGAAUGUCCCGGUGCCUCGACCUCUACCCUCCUUAGUGAAAUUAAAUGCCACUAGACGUGCUAUUGGGAGCUUUAAAGGUAAGCCGGCUUGUGUUCGCCUCUAAAUGUGGACAAGAGAGCAGAAGUCGGAAGAGAUGCUCUGGAGGUUUUGAUUAUUGGUGAAGACUACAGGAAUUACAGGGUAUAUAGAGAAAGAAAUAGGCAAUUUCGCCUUCGGGAUUUGGUUUCUCAAACAUACAGCUAUCAAGCAUUUGAUAGUCAAGGCGGCAAACCAUUUUUAUACAUUCCAUUCUUUCACAUAAGUGCAGAUGAUUGAUUGUAGGAACAUUGCCAAAUUGGCAAAUACAGAGAUGCACAUAUUCAUUUGUAAUAUUGUUAUAGGACACUCAUAUAAAUUGAUUGCGUUGAGGUAUGUAAUUAGAGCCCAAUGUUGGUGUUUUUCA